CUGUAUUCUCUGUAUUCUCUUUAUUUCCUUCAUUACACUGGUUUUGACUGUUUUUUGCUUUCUGUUAUUUGUUAUAUUGAUUUUGUUGAAUUCGAUUGUGUGGUCUUUCUGAUCAGUUGCGAAACACUCCUCAAACACUUUUCAUUAACCAUCUCUCACAAAUCACUAAUCACUCGGCACCUUCUGCAAUUGCAGUUUUGACACAUAUUCUCAUCACCCACAAUGAGACUAAGAGACUCUUAUAACAAAAAAUCAGACCUACCUUACACCAAUGUGUCGGAAACUGAUAAGUUUAGGCCCAUAAAAAAGUACAAAAGAUUUAGUUUGUCCAAAAUUGUAUAUCUGAUAAUAAUAUUGUUUCUUUUAGUAUUGAUUUUUCGUAAGGACAAAAAAGAUCAAUUGGGCGAAAUUUUAAAAGACAAAUUUUCUAGCGAUAUAAAUAUUAAAAAAAAUGACAAUGAAUUAAGAUACCCUGAUUCAUCUAAAACAUCGAAUCAAAAUAAUAACAAUGAUAUUAAUAAUGAUAAUGAUAAUGAUAACAUUGAAAAUACUGAUGCAAUUCAGAAUAACAAAAAUGAUGAUGAUUAUGACCACUAUACCGUCACAUCAGAUCAGAUCAUAAAUAAUAAAAAUGAUAUAAAUAAUGAUUCAAAUAAUAAAUCUCCAGAUAGUCAGUCUCAGAAUAAUCGGUCCAAAGAAAACUCAGAAAAAGAUGAAGAAUUGGAAAAGAUUUAUCGUAAUACUGUCGCUUAUUAUGAUUUAAAUGAUUUUCAAGGCUCUCCCUUUGGAAAAGAUAAUAAUCAACUAGUCUUAUUAUGUAUUCCACUAAGAAAUGCUCAACAUGUCUUGCCUCUCAUGUUCAAACAUCUCAUGGACUUGGAUUAUCCUCACCGUUUAAUCGAUCUAGCUUUUCUUGUUUCGGAUUGCUCAGAAAAUGAUAAAACACUUGAUACUUUAUUUGAGUAUACAAUGCAUCUACAAAAUUCGACCCUUAUGAGCUUAUUAAAUGAACAAGAUGAUCUUAUAAAAGAAAGAAAUAGGAGAUUAAGAGGUACAAACGAUCUAUAUCUAAGAUACAUGGACCCUGAUUAUGUUGAAAAGAUUCAAAACGCCUUUAAACCACCUUAUCAUUCUGAAUUUAAUAAUCCAUUUAGAAGCGUUCAAAUUUUUAGAAAAGAUUUCGGCCAAGUAAUAGGUCAAGGUUUCUCUGAUAGGCACGAUGUCAAAGUCCAAGGAAUUCGAAGAAAAUUAAUGGGCAGAGCAAGAAAUUGGUUAGUAUCUACUUCCUUAAAACCCUACCAUUCCUGGGUUUAUUGGAGAGAUGCUGAUAUUGAACAAAGUUCCAGCUCAAUUAUUCAAGAUUUAAUGAAACAUGAUUACGAUGUCGUUGUGCCAAACGUUUGGAGACCUCUUCCAGAAUUUUUAGGUAAUGAACAACCUUAUGAUUUAAAUACCUGGAUCGAAAGUGAACAGGGUUUAGAAUUGGCCAAAACUUUGCAAGAAGAUGAUGUUAUAGUCGAAGGCUACGCUGAAUAUCCAACUUGGAGAGUCCAUUUGGCUUAUUUAAGAGAUUCAGAUGGUAAUCCUGACCAAUUGGUAGAUAUGGAUGGUGUUGGUGGUGUUUCUAUCCUAGCCAAAGCAAGAAUCUUUAGACAAGGUGUUACUUUUCCAGCUUUCACCUAUAAAAAUCAUGCUGAAACUGAAGCUUUUGGUAAAAUGACAAAAGAUUUUGGUUUUAAAGUAGGUGGUUUGCCUCAUUACACUGUGUGGCAUAUAUAUGAACCAAGUGAAGAUGAUUUACAGGAAAUCGCCAGAAAAGAAAGAAAGAAAAGAAGACAACAAAAAAUUGCUGACAAAGUUAAUUAGAAUCGAUUUUAAUUAACUUUAAUCAAUUUUAUUGCUUUUUCU